AUGCUGAAAGAGGAAAGUGGAGAUAUGGCACUUGGUGAUCCCUUGCCAUCCAGAACCAACGAGAACCCUGUUAACAGAACUUUACUCAUCUCUUUCAAUGAUUGUUUGUUCUCUUUGUUGCAGUUGGCCAAGCGUGGUUUAAACAUUGUACUCAUAAGCAGGUCUUAUGAGAAGCUACAAAAGGUUGCAGAUGAAAUUGAGCAAGCCACAGGAAGAAAUGUAAAAAUAAUUCAGGCAAAUUUUAGUAACACAGACAUUUAUCAGCACAUUGAAGAAAAUCUGAGAGGCCUUGAAGUUGGGAUUCUGAUAAACAACGUCGGAAUAAUCCAGGAACCAAACCCAUGUAGAUUCCUUGAAAUGAAUGACAUGGAUAAGACCAUCAAUGACAUGAUUGCUGUUAAUGUGGUAUCUGUGGUUAAGAUGACUCAACUUGUUUUGCCGAUGAUGAAAGAUCGACAAAAGGGUUUGAUCCUGAACAUUUCAUCUGGAGUGGCAAAUAUCCCAUGCCCCUUUUUCAGUUUGUACUCAUCUACUAAGAUCUUUAUCGAAAGAUUUUCCAGAGGCUGUCAAGCAGAAUAUGGAUCAAAGAACAUUAUUAUACAGUGUUUAAUGCCCUUUGGUGUGGUUACUAAGUUGUCAAAGUGUAAGCCUGGAAUGAAUACAGAGACUGCUGAAGAGUUUGCGAGAAAGUCGUUGGAUUGUGCCUUACUUGGGGAUCGAUGCAGUGGUUGUCUGUUACAUGAUAUACAGGCCUUUGUUAUCAGAAAAAUCCCGCAAUGGUUUCUUUUCAGUGAUGCAUUUUUGAAUAAAUGUAUAGAUAUUGUGAGUCGUUCCAGAAGUUCGAGCAAAUAAUAAACCCCAGAGAACACUCUUCAUCCAAUCCAUUGUGAUUUACAGACCAACAACAUCACUACUGGAUAUAGAUUAUCUAUAUCACUACUGGAUAUAUCUUUGUUGGACAAUAUUUGAUGUAUUUUAUCUGAUUAAAAAAUAUUGAUAGACGUAUUUUU